AUGAUCCCGAGGGCAAAUUCCUGGCUAACGAGAAGCGAGAGGGACGAGGCGCGCGUGCAGCAACAACAGCAGCAGCAGCAGCAGCAUCAAGUGUGCAGCGAGGAGAGAGCGAGAGAGGACGAAGGAAGAAAGACGAUUGGAUGGAAGGCAAAAGUUGGUGUGACGUCAGUCGAAUCACUUGAAAACUCGAGCAAUGAAAAGUUAGCUAAUCAUGCAUUUUGGGCCGAUGAUGAACUCUACGGUAGAGAACUAACUCGUCGCAGCAAUGAAAGAGUGAAAAGAACUCCUAAGAAAACGACUACCAGUCCAAAUUCGACUGCAACUGACACGAGGCAAAACAGGCCGACCGUGAUUGUACGUACUCCAGAGCCAAUAAAUCCGACGAAUCGUCUCAUGCAAGACAGACGAAGUGUGAUUGUCCGAAAUCCAAUGGCAACAAACGUAAUAAACGUAUUGAGAGAAUACGAUAACCUCGUUAAUAAUUUAAUGAGACAGAAUCAUAUAAGCAGAGAAGAAGCAAUCCGCCGCGCUGAAUUAGCACAUCCGGUAUCGCCGAACCCACUGAAUAACAUUCGCAAUCACUGAGAUUCCAAUUUAGCGACUUUUGCUAUAGAAUUCAAUAAUAAUAAAUAAUUGACUGAUCCAAGUAGUAAAAAAUGAGACUUGUAACGAAAAAUUGAAACUGGAGUUCUGGCCUAAAAUUCAAAUCCAUGUAAUUCGGGUAAAGUGUUUUUCUGCGACUGGAUUCCCCCUCUCAAGUCAAUUAUCUUCCCUCUCCUUACAAUUAUUGUCAGCGAUACCAAUAUAACAAAAUAAAUUAGUAAUAAAUUUUGUUCGAUCUUUAAAA